AAACACCACAAACAUUCUUACUUAGAUUAAAUCAUGGGUCUCCCUGGUCUCCAGGCAUGCCUAGACAUGAACCAUAAAGGCGACAAGAUCCUUGGAGUUUCUUUAGUAACUGCAGGCCAAGUCAACAGCAACCCUAUGAACAAGCAUUCUUUUCUUCAAACAAAACUAGGCCACACACAUUUUUUGAUGUAUUUCACUUUUUUAAUUAUACUACACACAAAAUAAGUACAUUUUAAAAAAUUUAGUACACAAUGGAUCUUGAUGACUUUUACAUAAAUUUUCUUUAUUGAUUAUCUUUGAAGAAAAGUUUCUAAUUUUCAAGGCAUCUAACACAAUCAUCACCUUGGAUGACGACAAUCCAGCUCAGGACACAUCCAAAAGUUGAUGUUGUGACUCGCAUCUAGACUCCAAGGCUCGGCUGGUCCCGAAGCCUGCGAUCACCAUAGAAUUGGGCUUCAAAUAGGCCAGGAGCUCGCGCUGGACCCCAACACCUACGGAAGAAACAGAGCUUCCGCCGCCGGCUGGUAACAACUUGCCGGGUCCGGAGGGAGGGGUGAGGGAGCUUGGAGAAGCGUCCUGAGUUGCCAUGGAAACAGGGCCCUGCAGCAGCUCUAGUAGCGGAAAGGAGUCUCACGAAAUUUGUUCUCCGGGGUUACUGGUGUUCGCUGGCUGCUCGGAACAGGAUGCCAACUUAGCUAAACAGUUUUGGCUCGGGGCGUCCAUGUAUCCCACUAACGAAUCUCAGCUGGUGCUGAGCAGAGGAAGCAGUCAGCGUCUGCCGGUGGCGCGGCCCACUAAGAACUCUGUGGCUGAGAAAAGUCACUUCCAACAUAUUCCCUUUGAGAAUAAGAAGGACACAGAUUUUAUUGCUAACACCCUAAGAAUUCAGGAAUCUGAGGAGAAAAUAAAGUAUCUACAAAAGGACCUGAAAAAUUGUAGGUGCUCUCCUAACUCACCAAAGAAAUCUUCAGGAACAAAUGGCUGUAACUUUUCUGGACCAGGAUUCUGCAUGAUAGCCCAUUCUCUGAGCUUCAGAUCAUAUGAGGCUAAAAAAAGAGAUGAGAUUCUCCAACUCUUAAGAAAACAAAGAGAAGAAAGGAUCACGAAAGAACUGAUUUCCCUUCCUUAUAAACCCAAGCCCAAAGAACACAAAGCAAAUGAUAUCUUCUUCGUCUGAACUUCCAAGAGUUACUGUCUAUACAUUCUUCUGACAACUGAUCUCUUAAAUACUUAACAUUUCACAUAUUUUUUCUACAAUUAUAAGCUCUAUGAAACAUUGGGUAAAAGUGCCUAGCACAAAACAUACAUGUUGAAAUUCAGAAAAUAUUUGUAAAAACAGUUUAGUUCAAGCAGAGCAUGAUGACACAUACCUGUAAUCCCAGCAGCCUGGGAGGCCAAGGCAGGGGGAUUGCAAGUUCAAAGUCAGCUUCAGCAACUUAGCAAGACCCUGUCUCAAAAUAAAACAUAAAAAGGGCUGGAGAUGUGGCUCAGUGGUUAAGCACCCCUGUAUUCAAUUCCUGGUACAAAAAAAAAUAAUAAUAGUACAAGAAUAUCAUGUCAUUCAGUUCAGUAUUAGCUAAUUUAGAAAUCAAUAUUUUAUAUUAUUCACUGAGUCAUACACACUUUUUAAAUCUUGUAAAUAUCUUAGACACAAUUGUAAAAUACUUUAACUUUGCCCUUUUUUCCUCCCUCCAUUCUUGCCUCUCUGCCCAUAACUCCCCUACCUACAAAGAUAGAGCCUUAACAUCCCUCCUUUAAGAAAUCUUUUUAGGGUAAUCUGGGUGCCCUUCUAUUAGAAGGAAAGAACUGGAAAGUGUGUUUCUAGAAAGGUUUUAGUAGCAAUAUGUUUAUUAUCCACCUCAGGAAUAUUUCAUUUUAAAGGGCUAAGUAUAAGAAACAACGUUUAAUACAAAGAAAUCACUUAUCAAUGAUGAAAUCUCAAGAAUUUGGCUCUUGAGUGAACAAAAUAUAUUUAGGGUAGUUCUUCUCCAAUGCUCUUCAAAUCACACUUCACAUUUACAAUAACCAUUUCUCCUGAUAUAACUUUACACUUGGUUGCAAAGCCUAAAGCAUAUUCAGAAUCCACAACAGUGAAUUUUUAUUGGGGAAAUUUUCAAAGUUGUUUUCAUGCUAUAUCAUGUUCACAAUGAUAGAGUUCUGUGUAUAGAAAUUGAUCCAUAUUAUU